GGAAGCGCGAUGACACCUCUGCUGCAAACGUAACCAACGGACCAAUAUAAAGCGACCUCGGUCGAAAUUCAAACUCAAGAGCGGAAAGACUAGGGCAAGAUGGCGGAGGAGGGAGCGGUAACUGUUUGCGUUAGAGUGCGGCCUCUUAUUGCAAGAGAGAAUGCAGACAAUGAUAAGGGGACUAUUUCAUGGAGAAGUGAGAACUGUAACAUCUCUCAAGUUGAUGGGACCAAGUCCUUUACUUUUGAUCGGGUGUUUCAUUCCGAAGACAGUACUGCAGAAGUCUACAAAGGAGUGGCUGGUCCUAUUAUCAACUCUGCUGUUCAGGGAUAUAAUGGCACUAUUUUUGCUUAUGGUCAAACUGCUUCAGGCAAAACCUAUACUAUGUUAGGAACAAAAGAUUCUCCUGGUAUCUUGCCUAUGGCAAUUGAUGAUGUCUUCAGGACUAUCUAUAGUAUUCCAGACAGGGAGUUUCUACUCCGUAUAUCCUAUAUGGAAAUUCAUAAUGAGACCAUACAAGACCUCCUCUGUAGUAAUAUUAGGAAAAAGAAACCAUUGAUGGUUCGUGAAGACAUAAAUAGGACCAUAUAUGUGGAAGACCUGAGUGAGGAGGUGGUGGUUGCUCCAGAACAAGUGCUGAGCUGGCUCCAGAAAGGCGAAAAAAACCGGCACUAUGGCGAGACAAAAAUGAAUGAGAGAAGCAGCCGUUCUCAUACUAUUUUUAGAAUGAUUAUUGAAAGUAAGGAAAAGACUGAUGCUUCCAGCUCGAGCUGUGAGGGGGCUGUCAUGGUCUCUCACUUGAAUCUGGUGGAUCUGGCAGGAAGUGAGAGAGCUAGCCAAACAGGCACUGAAGGACUUCGACUUAAAGAAGGCUGCAACAUAAACCGGAGCCUUUUCAUCUUGGGCCAGGUUAUCAAAAAACUUUGUGAUGACCAAUCUGGUGGUUUUAUAAACUACAGAGACAGCAAGCUGACACGAAUUCUGCAAAACUCGCUGGGUGGCAAUGCCAAAACUGUUAUAAUCUGCACAGUUACUCCAGUGUCGCUGGAGGAAACACUCAGUACCCUCCAGUUUGCAAGUACAGCUAAGAAGAUGAAAAAUAGCCCCAAAGUGAAUGAAGUGCUAGACGACAAUGCCCUUCUCAAGAGGUACCGUAAAGAAAUAGAAGACUUGAAACGGCACCUCGAAGAACUUUCUUCACAUUUUCACACCAGAGAAGUAGAAAAAGAUCACCUUGCACAGCUCCUAGAAGAGAAGGACCUGCUUCAAAAGCAGCAACAGGACAGCAUAAGAGCUCUGACAGAGAUGCUUGUCACAUCAUCCUCUUGCUUACAGCAAGAGUUCAAAGCACGAAAGAAGAGGAGAGUUACCUGGGCUCCUGGUGGAGUAUCUUUCCUGCAAGACUUGCCUGGCAGAGCCAAAAAAUUUAAAACAUCUUUGUCUGUCCUGCCAGAUAUGGAAGAAUCUGUGUCUUCGUUGUUCUCAGAAAGUGAUGAUCUAGGCAUGGCAGCCUGUGCUCUAAUACCAGAGGAUGAGUGGAUUCCAGGGGCUGAUAUUAGCAUAGUUCAUAAAGGUUUUGCAGAUUCUGUCCAGCUUUGUGAAACUCUUGUAGAAGAGAGGGACACAGCUGUCACUGAAUGGCAAACCGUGAAAGCAAAACUAGACAGUGAGCAGUUGGAGAAAGAACAGCUAGCUUAUGAGCUCAGGGAACUGAAGGAGAAAAUAUCAACUGAUGAGUUCCUGACUCUUGAAAAAGAGACCAAACAAGAACAGGAGAUGCAACUAAUGCAUGAAAUUUCCAGCUUAAAGGCUAUCAUUGCAAAUGCUGAAGUUUACAAUCAAGAUCUUCAGGAGGACAUAAAAGGAAAAGACAUGCAGCUCAAGGAGCAAGAGGAUAAAAUAAAAGCAUUGGAAGAGCAUGUCAGUGAGCUAAAAAACUUUGUGGAAGAGUUGAAGACAGAAACUGGGAAAACGGAUGCAUCCUUCUCAAUGUCCUUCCAGGAGACGUCAAAUAAAGUGACAGAUGAAAUCCAGCAAAUGAAACGCUCUCUAGCGGAUGCUGAAGCAGUGGCCUUGGAUGCCAAGAGGGAAUCUUCAUUCCUCAGGAGUGAAAAUCUAGUGCUAAAGGAGAAAAUGAAAGAACUCUUGGAUACUUACAAUCAAAUGGAAAAAGAUGUUCUGUGUUAUCGGAGCCAGUUAGAAGCUGGGAAAACUAGCAACAAAAACAUGCAAUCUGACUUGCAGAAAGAACUGCAAUACUACCUGCAAGAAAAUGCAAAGUUAAUUUCGCUCCUGGAGGGUAAAGUUCCCAAAGACUUGCUGUCCUGUGUGGAAUUGGAAGGGAAAAUCAAAGACCUGACAAAUGAAUUGAAUAAAACCCUGGAAGAGAACACAGCUUUAAGGAAGGAAGUGACUACAUUGUCGGCAGCUGGCUUGGAAUCUGACCUUGAAACCUUACAGAAGGAGAUCCUUGAAAAAUCUGAGAUGAUUGCUUCUCUAACGUCGGAAAGAGAGACCUUGCUUUCUCAAGUGUCUGAAAAGGAGGGACUACUCAAUGAAAUGACCGAAGCACUAACAUCAAAAGAGGAAGCACUGAGAGAGAACGAUGCAGCUUCUCAAGAGCUGAAACAUCAGUUUGAUGAACUAGAGCAGAAAUUCUUGAUGGAUUCAGAAGAAAAUAUGCAGAGGAAAAGCCAGAUAGAUCUUUUGUUGGAUGAGAAUGUCAAACUAAAUGCAACCAUUGGCAUUUUGAGAGAAGAGAUGCAAGAGAAGGACCUGGAGCAAGAAAGGUUUCUUAAUAUGGAAGAACAACUCGGCCAAGCACACCAGAAACUGAGCGAAAUGGAAAAACUGAAAGAUGAACUGAAGGCCUUGGAGUUGAAAAUGGAGGCUGGGGAAACUGAGAACCUGGCCCUAGCUCAGAGGCUUCAGGAUGGCAAAGAAGAAAUAAGAGCACUGACAGAGGAAAGGGAUGACCUGAAGUGGAAGCAGGAGGCUCUUGAACGUGAAAAAGAGCAGAUGAAAGAAGAUAUACAAGAGACAGUGUCGCUGAACAUUGAAGCACAGGAAGAACUUCGAAAUGCCCAAAACUCCCUGCAGCAGUACCUAAAUCAUAUUGAAGAACUAAAACAAGCCAUUUUGGAGAGAGAGGCUCAGAUUUCAAGUGCGAAAGAAAGUCUGGGGAUCAUCGAGGAGCAAAAACUACAGUUAGCCAGCAAGAUCCAAGAAUUGCAAAUGCAAAUUACGGAAGAGGAUGAGCUUAAUAGGAGAAAACUCAGCCAAGUACAGGAAAAUCUGGGUGAAAUAGAGCAACUGAGAGAGCAACUCCAAGCCAGCAAGACUCAAAUUGAAGCAGAAAUGAUGGACAAAAAGGCUAUUGCUCAGAAACUUCAUGAGCACGAAGAAGUAAUUAAAACUCUAAUCCAGGAAAAAAAUGACUUGAAGCACAGGCAGGAAGUUCUCCAAAAAGAGAAGGAUCACAUCAAAGAAGAGAUGCAAGUGGCCCAAUCAAUGAUGCAGGACCAAGGCGGGGAUCAAGAGGAACUGCUGCUCAAGAUAAAGGAACAGUUCCGUGAAGCCCAAGAGAAAUUGAGUUCAUUGGAACACCUGGAAGGACAAUUAAAGGAUAGAGAAUCUGAGCUUGAGGCUGAAAAGCGAGAGAAGUUGGAAAUGACUCAAAGACUUCAUGAAAGUGAAGAAGAGAGGAAAUCUCUAACCCAGGGGAAAAAUGACCUGGAGCAAGAGCGUGACUCUCUCCAUUUGGAGAGAGAGGCACUCAAAAAAGAGGUGGAAAAGAUCACCUCCAAGCUUUGUCUCGAGAUGCAGGGCCAAGAUGGGGAGCAAGAGGAAUUGCUGCUCAAGAUGAAGGAGCAGCUCCACAAAGCCCAAGAGAAACUGAGUUCAUUGGAACACCUGGAAGGACAAUUAAAGGAUAGAGAAUCUGAGCUUGAGGCUGAGAAACGAGAGAAGCUGGAAAUGACUCAAAGACUGCAUGAGAGUGAAGAAGAGAGGAAAUCCCUAACGCAGGAAAGAAAUGACCUGGAGCAAGCACGUGACUCUCUCCAAUCGGAGAGAGAGGCACACAAGAAAGAGGUGGAAGAGAUCACCUCCAAGGUCAAACAACUAGAAGAAAAGUCCCUUGACCUGCAGCAGCUGCUUGAGCUGAGAGAACAGCAGAGUCUGCAGGCUGCAGAAAGGCAGAAUGAAGUGGAGCAACGGAUAGUCAAGAAUGAAUCCAAAAUGGAAGCUAUGCAGAAGGAACAAGAAGAAUUGCUUCAGAAGCUCCAUAGCACUGAAGAAGACUUCAGAGCUGUAACCCAAGAAAGAGAGAAGUUGGAAACCACGGUAGAAGUUCUUCAGGCUGAGAGGAGUAACAUGAGCCAAACUCUACAUCGUCUUGGCGAGACUGUGGAGAAGGCAGUUGCAGCGAACUUGCAGCUCCAAACACAACUCCAAAAUGCUAAUUGUUCUCUUGGAGAACGUAACAAAAUGGUAGAAGAACUGAAACAACAAAUUGCAGACAAGGAUUCCCAGGCUUCAAAACUGGAGGAGAAACUGGGCCAGACAGCUGUUCAGCGGAAGCAAGAAGCUGAGGACAGUCAAGAAGAGAGACAGAAAUUACUAGCAACACUGAAACAUCAUGAAGAGCAGGCUGACAGACAGAAGGACUUGAUUGCUGAGAAAGACGAGCUGCUUCAGAAACUGGAAGCAAAACUUGUAGAAGAGACAAUGCAGCUAAGAGAUAAGUUAGAAAAGUUGACGGAAGAAUUAAGCGUACAGGCUAGUGAAAAGAAUCUGUUGCUAGCCGAGCAGAGAGCACAAGCACUGAACCUGCAACAGCUGGCAAAGGAAAAAGCCUUGCUUCAAAAGGAGAAAGAUGACCUCCAGCUGACAGUGGAGAGCAUUAGAGCAGAAAAUGACCAACUUCGGGAUAACUUGGAUGAAAACACUGAGAAGUUCUCCGAAACUAAUGCCAAGCAGGAGUGUGCUUUAGAUGAACUGAGAGAGCAACUAAAAGCCAUCCAAGAAAAACUGCCAGAGGGUAAAGAUGACCACCACAGGGAACGUUUGGAAGGCAAAGUGUUAAAAAUAAAGGAGAUUCUGAAGAAAUUUCCUGUGCUGGAGAAGAGGUCUGAAUAUCUUGAAAGAGUCUCUCUCAAUGUAAAGUCUGAUCUCAAUGGUCCAAAAGAACUUGUAGCCAAGGGACUUGUAGAUCUUUGCCGUGAGGAAGCAAAAACCAUCAGAAGGCUUCAAAUGGAGCAUGAACUCAUCAGUAACCGUCUUCACAGGUUGCUGAACAAACUUCAGUACUAUUAUAGCCGCUUGUACAAAAAGAAAAGUGAAUACUAUGUUAAUAUCAGCAACUACACCAUGGAGCUGCUUGAUGAGAGGAAAAAACAAGAGGAGCUGCUAACUCAGAUUCAAAGCCUGAAAAAGCCUGAUUUGGAGCAACAUGGUGCUGUUUCUGAACAGCUCGAUAUCCUUGAAAUGAGCCAGAACUUGGAUUCCUACAUAGAGCAAGUUCUGAAAGAUGCCUCAGAAGCUGAGGAAGAAUUACUUGGUAUUGAGAUGACGUUGCAACAAAUGGAAAGUGAUGGUAAAGAAGCAAAGCAGUAUUUCGACCAGUGUUCAGUUCGUUUUGAUUUACAAGCCUUUGAGGCAGGAAUAAAGCAAGACAAUGAAAGACUUUUGUCCGUGGGCCGGCUUUUGAAACCUAAAUCUCAGGUUUUCAUUCAAGCUAAAUCAGAGCUAGAAAGCAAAAAUGCUGACUACUGCAGAGAGACUGAAGCUGCACUGAAAACAUGUAAGGAAAGAACUAGAGAACUUCUUCAGAAACUGAAUUCACUUAAGGAACAACAAACACCUUGUGGCAUUGCUAACCUUGCACUAGAAGAAGAAAACUAUAAACUUGGAAACGAACUGAAAGCCUCUCAACAAGGUAUUAAGGCUCUGAAGCUGAAAAUUCAAGAGCUGGAAAAUGUAGCAAAUGAAGCCCUAAGGAAUCUCCAGGAAAAGGAGAAAAGAAUAGCCAUGUUAGAAAAUGAACUUAAAGUGAGAGCUUCCAAGAGUGAGAUUGUCCAACUGAAAACUACAUUAGAGGAGAAAGAAAACUGUCUAAGAAGUGCACUAGUGGAGAAACAAACUCUUAAGGCACAUCUAGAAAAAGGAGCUGAAUUAUUUAAGGAAGAAAUUGAGGACCUCAAAACUCAGCUUGCGAAAGCUGAUAUGGCAAGAAUGAAACAGUCCAAAUAUUUCGAUCAGGAAAUGGCAAAUGCAAAUGCUGUUGCAGAACACAGAGAGGAACAAUUAAGAAAACUAAGAGAAGAACUCCGUAGAAUGCAGCAAGAACAAGAUGUAACUGUAAUAACAACAGACAAAGAUAUUUCUCGGCCAUCCCUACCAAUUACUUGUGGUGGUGGAAGUGGAAUUGUCCAGAAUACUCAAAUACUUAUGCUAAAAUCUGAGCAAGCAAAAUUGGAAAAGGAACUCUGUCAGCUAAAGAAACAAUAUGAACUUGUGUUGAAAAAUGAGCACAUCUUGAAAGAGGAAGUUAAGAAGUGGAAGGAACGAGCUUUGAAGAGGAGAGAGCAAUCCUCUACUGAUGACCAAAGACUAAAAUCUCCAAGAAAGACUGCACCUCCCACCCUCGCAGUGGCACCAUCCUCCCCCUCAAAAGGAUGCUAUUUACAACCAGCCUUACCAUUGGAAACUCCUCCUCCUUUGGCACUGAAUUAUCCAACAAAUUUCUUUGAUAACUCACAUUUAGGAACCUUUCCAGACACAAGGACUGCACAACCAACCUCUUCAGAACAAGGUCUUAAGCACUGGAUUGAAACCACUGGGACGGCAGAUAAAGAUGUGUCUCAGUGCAAGCCACAAUAAUCUUGCUCUUUUAUUUUAUUCAAGUGUUCUUUUUGUAUCUUUUGUAAAACUUCUAAAUAAAGGCUAAAUAUCCCAAAGCCUA